ACCCGCCUCAUAAGAGAUCUCUCAAUUGCCUCUAUCAUGUAACAGCUCAGGUCUGAGAGGUUGUCAGAGGCGGAGUCCAGUCCGAAAGUGACCAGCCUGAGCACAGCAGAGAGAGCCAUGCUGCGUGAGCAGAGCUGAGCUCCCCAGCAGGAUAUCAUAUUGGAUACUGGGAACCAGAGUGGACUGAUGUCCAUUGGUCAUCAUGAACCUGACCUCCAGCUCUGAUGGUUUCCACUUCCUUACCAACAGUUCUCCUGGUAUGAGAGAUCAGCCUGAUUCUACCGCCAUAGGUGGCUCUUACCAGGAGUUGCCCAUAUUAUCUGACAAUGUUGGUGGGUGGAAGCAGCAUAAUGUCAGUCAUGUCUCAUGGCAAGGAGGAAACUUUACUGAUUUACCAGUUAACAGGACAUUAUUGCUGCCAGCAGAGGAGUUUGACCCUUUAGGAGGACAUACUAUCUUACAGGUCAUCAUAAUUGUCUUUCUCACGGGAUCGCUUUCUCUUCUCACUGUUGUUGGCAACAUCCUAGUGUUAGUGUCAUUCAAGAUCAAUAAGGCACUGAAGACAGUGAACAACUACUACCUGCUAAGCCUAGCAUUUGCUGACCUUACAAUUGGCACACUUUCAAUGAACCUGUAUACCACCUACCUCAUCAUGGACCAGUGGGCUCUGGGGCCAGUGAUCUGUGACUUGUGGCUUGCAAUAGACUAUGUGGCCAGUAAUGCCUCGGUCAUGAACCUGCUGGUUAUCAGCUUUGACAGGUAUUUCUCUGUUACCAGACCUUUGACAUACCGGGCCAAGCGUACAACAAAGCGAGCAAUGACCAUGAUUGGAUUGGCAUGGUCCAUCUCUUUCAUCCUCUGGGCCCCAGCCAUCCUGUUCUGGCAGUACAUUGUGGGUGAGCGGACAGUCCAGCCCAAUGAGUGCUACAUUCAGUUCCUGUCCGAGCCCAUCAUUACAUUCUGCACUGCUAUAGCUGCGUUCUACUUGCCAGUAACUAUUAUGGCAUUCCUGUUUUGGAAGAUCUAUCAGGAGACAGAGAAGCGUGUUAAAGAUAUGGAAGGUCUCAAGGGAUCUGGGUCAGGUAACAGCCCAAGCCAGGCUCAGAAUCAAGGAAGUGGUAGUGGAAAAGCUGGUGGAGAAUGUGCGAAUAAGAGCCAGAAGGAUUCGUCAGCCAUGAAGCGCCAAAUGAGUGCUCAAAGCUGCAGCAGCUAUGAACUAAAUCAGCUGGCUUCAGAGAAGAACAACAAGGACAAUGUCAGCAUACGAGGAGGAACGGGAAACAGAGGGAGGUGUUGCGCAUUCUGCUUUAAGUUAUCAUCACUGCUGCCAGGUCGCCAUGCCUCCAAGAGGUCCGUCGACACCACAACAACUACAGUGGGUGAAGCAGAGCAGAGCAGCUGUGACAGCUUCAACAACAAUGAAGCUGGAGCCUCUGGGGAGCAGUCAAUUUCAGAGGAUGAAGCUGACGGUGCACACCCAUCAAAAACAGAUGGUAAAAAAUCUAGAAAGGUAAAAAAAGGAUCAUCAUCUUCCAAAAGUCGAAAAGCUUCACAAUCAAACCCUGUUGCUGACCAAUCACCUGCAGCCAUCACCAUGAAGGACGCAGCGAUGGCCAAACGCUUCGCCUCUAAGGCCAAGACAGAGAUCAGCAAGCGCAAGAAUGAAAAAAAGGCAAAUGAAAAGAAAGCAGCACGGACCCUCAGUGCCAUCCUCUUCGUCUUCAUCAUGACGUGGCUACCAUACAAUAUCAUGGUGUUGGUCAACACUUUCUGUCAGGACUGUAUUCCUGAAACUCUUUGGGCACUGGGCUACUGGUUGUGUUAUGUUAACAGCACAAUCAACCCAAUGUGCUAUGCCCUGUGCAACAAGACCUUCCGGACAACUUUCCGGGAUAUCUUGAUGUGCCAGUGGGAUCAAAAGAAGAAUAAUCCUCAUUUUCAACAGAGGAAGGCUGUGGCUCUGAAGAAAAAAGACCCAAUGUAGAAUAUUGUGGCAAAUUGUUGAUAGAUAUGUCUUUUAAAGAUUUAUUUCCUAAUCUAUAUUCAGAUUUGGAAUGCCAUAUAUAACACGCCUUCUAUUUCAGGGAAAAGAUGCUGAACAGAUUUCUGCAAACCAAAACUAAUUCUUCAGAGUUUCUUUUCAAACUAGCAGUGGGGCCAAAGGCUGGUCAAUUAGUCUGACCAAAUUUGGACUUUUCAUGGUCCCAGAGCAUAGAGGUUGGGCCGAACAACUGUGAUAUAGCUGU